GACAGUUGACAUAUAUUCCUAUCAGCGGCGAACUUUUUUGUCCGGACUCCUAAAAGUGACUCCAAAAAGUGCGAUGAGAUCUUUUCUUUAUAUGCUCUCCCAACGUCCCAAAUUGGCAUGUUUGUGCGGAAAAUCUAUUAUCAUAUGGCCUGGUAAACGUACAAAUCUGCCGGAAAAUGCUUUCACUCAGCGGAUGCUUCAAGAAUGUGGCCAAAUGGCAAAGCCGGACGCUUCGGUGGAUCUCGAUAAUUUCAAAGCUAUUUCGGAGCAGUCUCCCGCCGAGUUUGGCAUCGAUUCCUGCCGAGUGAAGGCACAGCCGGAAGAUCGAAGUGACCGCAUACGGGAACAAAUCGCAUCCGCCUAUCCGGUGAUUCACGAACGGACCCUCCUACUCUUUAUCAGCUUCUUAGAGCACAAGCUCACGUUCGGCAGCGAGCAGGAGAAGGCCAUCUACAAGGACAUGACUGUGGUUGACCUUGUGCAGCGCCUGCUGGCGAAGAGAUGUGUGUGGUUCUUUGGCGCUAACGACUAUUACCGUACAAUGCAGGGAAAUAUUGGUAACGAGGGCUUCGAGGCAGUGGGUACGCCCGCCGAAAAGGAACCCCUCACUUUGACCUCGGUGCUCAGCUACGACGAGAUCAAGCUGUCCGCCCUGCUCUACGUGUCCUGCCACUCGGAGUUCAUUAACAAUGGCAGUAGGGUCAAUGGGGGUGAGGUGCUGCAGAAUAAGGACACUAUCGAACGGGAGGGCGUUGUGAUUGGACUAAUUGGAGCUCGUUUCGAGCGUCCCGAUGUGAUGGAGUACCAGGAUAUCAUGAUUACUAAAACCCAAAAUACUGAGGCCAAUGGCUACGGUUUCGAUUUGGAACAGAUAUCCAGCGAGACGGUCACACCUGCAUCAGAUUUGCGCAGAAUCUGGCGCGAGUUCUACGAGGAGCCCAGGGACUUCAUUUACGCCGACACUCCGUAUGAUACUACGCGUUUCGAAGAGGUUUCUCAGGGCAUCUUCGAUCACCAGGUAAUGCGCAAGCGAUAUGCCAUCAGUUUCGACACCCUGCUCUUGGAGGCACAGGACAGAGCAUUUAAGGCUGGUAAGCCCGCCUAUAUCCAUGUGGUCGGCAUCGGACUGGGCGUUUGGAAGGCAGCUAGACAGCAGGAGCGCACCUUCCUUGAAUCUUUUGAGGGACGAUUGCGGGCACUUGGAGAACGACUAAGCCACAUCGGAGUGGUACACUUCUCAUGGUUUCAUUUGGCAUGUGUGGGCAGCUUGCAUGACGGAGCCAUCAUUCCCGUGGACAAACAUCCCCAGGGUGGCAUUCGCAUUCGCAAUUCGGUCCGAAAUCCCGGAGACAAACUAACGGAGGACAUGUUGCCCGUGGUGACAUACGCCUGGGAUGGAAAUGCCCUGCCUGGCAACGAAUUUUGGGCGAAUAUGCUAAUCAGCACUGGGGAUCCAGCAGCAGCCUGUUCCACUUUAAUCUCUGAACUCCAAAAUCCCCACAUUAAUGUGCACUAUAUGAACGGAGCCAAUCUGCACAUUGCAUCAGUGGAACACGGACUACUCCAUGUAGGCGACUACGCUAGGCGACUGAUUGUGUAAACACAAUGUAUCUAAGCACUAUGUAAUCCUUAAAAUAUAUUACAAUAAAGAGAUCAGCUUUUUUGCUGAUACAUAUGUACAUAUGUACAUAUG